CAUUUCAUUUUUCCGCGUCCAGCUAAAAAGGCAUCGCAUAUACACCGAUGAAAGCCCAAAACGAUGCGUUUUAGUCUCUCCAUCCCCACCGCUGCCACCGCCAAACCCUUCUUCUCCGACCUCUCGCCGCGCCUCCGCCGCGCCGCCGCCAUGCCGCCGCCGCAUCCAGUUCCCCCGGAUGCCUCCGGAUCUCCGAUCAGCUACCCCGUGCCGCUCUCCCCUCCGCUGCCGCCCUUAUCGAAGCAGGUGGAGCUGGACCGAGCCAUGUCCGCUUCCUCCAGAUCGAGCGCCUUCUCGCUCUCGAGGAACCACGUGGUGUACGAGGACGAGUGGCUCCUCGCCGUGGACAAGCCGCCGGGGGUCUACUGCGAGAGCGUCCUGGCCUCUGCUCCUCGCCUCGUCCUCGGCGAUUCCGUCGAUUCAGGGUGCACUGAAGCUGUGCCUGAGCUCCACCUUGCUAAUCGACUUGACCGGGACACAAGUGGUAUUAUGUUAAUAACCAAAUCGCAUAAGGUAGCUUCUAGGCUUGUGAAGGCGUUUACUGAGCAUAAGGUGAGAAAAACGUACAUAGCUCUCUGUGUUGGAUUAGCGCCAAAGUGGGAAACAAUAAGCAUUCAAUCAGGCCAUGGUCGGUCAAAGUUUGGAGCUUGGAGAGUCUACGCAACAGCAGACGUGGGACGGACACUGCCAGGUGGGUCUGUGGUCAGGGACAUGAAAACAUCAUUUGAGGUAUUGACUGUAAAUGGCCAAUUGAAGUCCAAGCACCCAGUUAAGCAGGGAAAAGAUAACGAAAAUAUCAUAGUAGUUGAAGAGAAAUCUUCUAUCAGGGAUAAUGGAACGAAAGAUGUAGUUUUUGUGAGAGCAUAUCCUCGGAGUGGUAGGACGCAUCAAAUACGCUUGCAUUGCCAGUAUCUUGGGAUUCCCAUAAGAGGUGAUGUGAAAUACGAGGGUGUGUAUGAGUGGGAAGGGCAAAUAUAUGACUACCACACUCUUCAUGCCGAGAGCUUGUCCUUUGAGCAUCCGGUAACUGGCGUGCCCCUGAUGUUUCGGGCACCUUUACCUGCAUGGGCUGCUGAGUGCUGCCCUAAUGAGAUCCCACCUACUUUUUCUUCAAAUGAAAUUCAUAUUGGAUGAUUUCUUAAGAAGAAAAACCGACUAGUUUUUUUAUUAAUUGCACCUGCAAAGGUAUGUUAUCCGAAGCAAAGAAUUGAGCAACUGAUUACACCCAUCCGCUCAUCUGAGGUUAUUCCUCUCCAUUUGCCUGUUUGUCGGAAGUUUAAUCUCGAUAUAGUUCUAGGAACACUGUUCUUGCCGCUCAGGUUAUAAAUGUGCAAAACAUGAAAUAUGUCCAUUAUCUUUGUUUAUAUGGAGGAGAAACGGCAAGUAUAUUUGGGACAAUCUCCAUUCUAGUUGGGGUCAAUUUCACCAUAAUGAAAGGUUAGGAUCCUCUUAUAUGAUUCAUUAAAUGUGAAGUGAAAGAGACCUUGUAAAGCUGUUGGUAAGUGUACCUUGUGCACCUUCAUUAUCCUUCCUUUAUCUGAGAAAGAUUGAUGCGAA